AUGCCGAGGUCUCUGAAGAAUCAAAAAGCUCUUGGAGAAGGAGAGUUGAACCUAACCAGGCAUCCUAGAAAGAAACAAGGUGAAAGAGACAGCAAGAGAAGGAUGGAGAUACGGGCAUUUUUGAUUGCUGUGCUGGUGGUUCUUCUGAUUCUGCACUUCCUGAAACAACUCUGGUCACGCAGGCAAUAUCCUCCAGGACCUUUUCCGCUUCCUAUCAUUGGAAGUUUGUGGAAAUCUGGGGCGAAGCUUCGUGAAGAUACUUUCAUUAAGGUACUUCUUAGUAAUAACUCAGUCUAAUGUCAAUAAUUGUUUUAUUCAAUUUUCCCCAACAAUUCUGGUAUUUAAGCUUAAACAGUACCAUGGGUUUAAAUGCUAACUGCAAGGGCCACAAUUUAAUACACAAUUAAAUGCGAUGAAAGUCCUACACUUAAAAAUCAUUGAAUUAAAUUUAAAACUGAAUUUAAUUAAAAAUCAUCCAAGGUUCCAUUGCAAAAGUAACUUAAUUCCUUUUCAAGUCACCCAGAAUUUUUACAAACCACUUUCAGGUGUAAUAAGGGCAAGUAAAAGUAACUAACAAAUUUAAUAAACAAACAAACAAAACAAAACAAAAUCAAUUCAGAGAUUUUGGAAUUAAUUCUGUGAAUCUGUUAAUCUGAAUUAGUUCAUUCCUGCCACUGCUGCUGUGUUAUAUAGGCCAUACACAGGGAGACCUAGCAGCUGCCAUGCAGAUAAAAGUUUGAUAGAAUGAUGAUGGAAGAAGAGGAGGAUUUGGGGCUCUCAAAUUUCAGUGGCUCCCUGUGCAGCGCUAAAAUUUGGCGCUGCCCACUCACCACUUGCUCUCCAUUAUACAGUGGUACCUUGGGUUAAGUACUUAAUUUGUUCCGGAGGUCCGUUCUUAACCUGAAGCACUACUUUAGCUAAUGGGGCCUCCUGCUGCCACCGCGCUGCCGGAGCACGAUUUCUGUUCUCAUUCUGAAGCAAAGUUCUUAACCCGAGGUACUAUUUCUGGGUUAGCAGAGUCUGUAACCUGAAGCGUAUGUAACCUGAAGCGUAUGUAACCCGAGGUACCACUGUACAUCAUUGUUGUGGUGCCCCCUGAGGCACUGGCACCCAGUGUGGCCGAACUGGUCAUGCUACCCUAAAACCGCCUCUGAUGGUUAUUCUGCAUGACUAUCCCCUCUGAUUGUAAAUAAUCCAGGGUAGUUGUGCAGAACCUUUGGCCCUCCAGCCACUGCAGAACACAACUCCCAUCUUCCAUGGCCUCCAGCCGUGCUUGCCGGGGCUGAUGGAAAUUGUACUUUAUCAACUUCUGGUGGGGGCCAUACUUAAUGUAGUGGGUUUUGUAAGCAAGAAGAGGGGCAAAGCACCAAGGACAAUUGAACACAGCCAAGACAAGCUCUGUUGGUUCUUGUGCUGAACUGUUUAUUUAGCCCAACUGUAUGUUUGGCUGGAUGCAUUUUAGAGAUAAACUUCCUUUGUUUCCUAGAGCAAAUCAUUCCUUUGUCAGAAGCUAUCCGCAAUACAAAUAAUAGUAAUAAUAAUUAAUAAUACUGAAAACCACAAAACCGUAUAAAAGAUGAAAAUGUGCAUUCAAAAAUCACAAAUAAAAAAUGUAAGUUGUAUACUGUUACACUGAGAAAGCGCAUUACACUUAUGAUUAUGACCAACCAGAGAUUUAACAUGAAAAUCUUUGCCCCCAUUUUUCAAGCCUUUUGGAGCUAUCACUUCUGGUGCAUAUGCACAUCAUAUCUAAACCGCACAGUACCAAACGGAUACAUGUAAGAAAAGGCAUUAAAAAAUGACAGGGAACGUAGGUCCACAGCCUUCAUUCAUGGCAACCUUUCAACAGAUACUAACCUGCAUAUGCUAUUCAAUUUCUUAAGCCUUGGAAAAUCUUCAUAUUGGUCACUCAAACUAGAAACGCUUUUAAUAAAAGAGCAAAUCAUUCUUAAUGGAUCUCGGCAGUAAACACUAAUCUCCAGGUAAUAAUCUCACCAAGAGCACCUCCUCCUUCUUCUUCCAUCACCUGUAGCCAAGUAAGUUUGUCAUCCAUGGCAUUAGUUUGCCUGUCUUCCCAAGUGAUGUGUAAAAUUGUUUUGAGACACCGUUGAUGGAGUCUUUCGAGGAAUUGGAGAUGGCAUUUAUAAGUGAUUCAUGUUUCACAAGCAUGCAGUAAGGUUGGUAGUACAAUAGCUUUGUAAACAAGCAUUUUGAUUUCCCUGCGAAUGUCCUGGUCCUUAAACACUCUACACAUUAGCCGGGAGAAAGCUGCACUCACAGAGCUCAGGCGAUGGUGGACUUUGGCAUCAAUGUCAGCCCUUGUGGAAAGAUAAUUGCCCAGGUAGGAGAAGUGAUGAACAUUUUCCAACAUUGCACCAUUGAGUUGGACUUGUGGCGCUGCAGAGGGGUUGUUGGCGCAGCAUUAUUUUUUUUUGGUUUUUGGAUGUUGAGCGAUAGGCCAAGAUUUUCGUAAGCUUCUGUGAAGAUAUUUAGGAUGGUUUGGAGGUCAUCCUCUGUGUGUGUACACAGCAUACUGAAGCUCUAUGACAGAAGUUACGGUAACCUUACUCUUUGCUUUCAGCCUACUCAGAUUGGUUGGAGGUUGGAUGGCAGCUAACAGAUUGAGAUUGAAUCCUGACAAGACAGAAGUACUGUUUUUGGAGGGCAGGGGGCGAGCAGGUGUGGGGGACUCCCUGGUCCUGAAUGGGGUAACUGUGCCCCUGAAGGACCAGGUGCGCAGCCUGGGAGUCAUUUUGGACUAACAGCUUUCCAUGGAGGUGCAGGUCAAUUCUUUGUCCAGGGCAGCUGUCUCCUAUCUCCAUCUGGUACGCAGGCUGAGGCCCUACCUGCCUGCAGACUGUCUCACCAGAGUGGUGCAUGCUCUAGUUAUCUCCUGCUUGGACUACUGCAAUGCACUCUACAUAGGGCUACCUUUGAAGGUGACCCAGAAACUACAACCAAUCCAGAAUGCAGCAGCCAGACUGGCAACUGGGAGUGGCAGCUGAGACCAUAUUGCACCAGACCUUAAAGACCUACAUUGGUUCCCAGUACGUUUCCAAGCACAAUUCAAAGUUUUGGUGCUGACCUUUAAAGCCCUAAAUGGCCUUGGCCCAGUAUACCUGAAGGAGCACCUCCACCCUCCUCGUUCAGCCUCCACUGAGGUCCAGCACCCAGGGCACCGAGGGUGUGUGUGCAAAACUGAGAAGAUCCUUAACUGAGAAGGUCUAUUUGGGGGUGUCAAAUUUUGUUCUCGCCCAGAGCAUCCUAUUACAAACUUUGCCCUUGACUGCCACUGUGAAACAAAUGGCACUGGGACAGGAAGUUCACAGGCUGAUCUUGCUACCAUUUACAAUUCAACACUUGCCAUAUAGAAAAUGCAGCAACUUUUUGUCAGGUUGCUGAUUUCACUUACCCAUGCCCUAAUUAUUCUAAUAUAACUGACCUUGUUUACAUGGUUUUGUGCUUUUCAAUAUUAAUAAGAACCUUGUUCUUUUACAUUAGUUUUAAUAUUAUUACUGUGUGCCUUGCUUGUAGCUGCUGGAUUAAGGAGGCUUAUCUCUGAAACAGAUCUUGCGAAACAAAAGCUGAGCUAAUCAAACAGCUUAUUACGAUAAGCUCUGGAAUUUGUCUUCCUUCUCUUCCAUUGUAUUCUGCCUAUGACCUAGAAUGCUGGGAACCUCCCCCCUUCCAACAGAUUAAUGGGCACAAUGUUCUCUUGGCAAUGAAGUAGGAGCUCAUCAUCUCUUUCCAAGAAAAUGAAGGAGCUUGUCACUCACAUGUGGCUAUUAUUAGUCAUUAAAUUUAUAAAUAUCACCCUUAAUCCACAGCUCAGGGCAGUUCACAACCUAAUAAUAAUAAUAAUAAUAAUAAUAAUAAUAAUAAUAAAUAAUUUUAUUAUUUAUACCCCACCCAUCUGGCUAGGUAUCCCCAGCCACUCUGGGUGGCUUCCAGCAGAAUAUAAAAACAUAAUACAACGUCUAAUGUUAAAAACUUCCCAAUACAAGGCUGCCUUCAGGUGUUUUCUAUAAGUUAGAAUACAACAUGCCUGUUGUCUUUGUCCAUGGAGUUUUCUUGGCAGGGAUACUGGAGUGGCCUGCCGGUUCCUGCUCCAUAUUGAGGGCACAAGGAGAAGGGGAUGGCAGAGGACGAGAUGGUUGGAAAGUGUUCUUGAAGCUACCAGCAUGAGUUUGACCAAACUGUAGGAGGCAGUGGAAGACAGGAGUGCCUGGUGUGCUCUGGUCCAUGGGGUCACGAAGAGUCGGACAUGACUAAACGACUAAACAACAACAACAGAAUACAACAUACAUAAAACACACAAUAAAAACAAGAACAAAAAACUAACAAACCAGUAACCCUUCCCACAAACAAAUUUUGAGAAGGUAUAAGAGGCUAAUCAGCAAGAGGUCUGGUUGAAGAGCAACAGUUUCGUCUUAAACACCUAAAAGUGUAUAAUGAAGGCAUCAGCUGAACCUCCCUUGGGAGAACAUUCCACAAAAAGGAGAGACUACAGAAAAUGCCAGUUUUUGUGUUGCCAUCCCCUGGACCUCUUGUAGAGAAAGCACACAAAGAUGAGCCCCAGAUGAUGAUUGCAGGGUCCUGAUCAGAUCAUAUGGGGAGAGGCAGUCCUUGAGGUAUUGAGAUCCUAAGCUUUGUAGAUCAAAACCAAUACUUUUAAUUGGGCCCAGAAACUAAUUGGCAGCCAAUGCAGUCAGAGCAGAAUCAGUGUAAUAUGCUCAAGCAGUCUUCUCCUGAUGAGCAACCUGGCCACUGAAUUCUGCACUAUCUGAAAUUUCUGAACCAUUGUUAGAUGCAGCCCUAUGUAUAACACAUUGCAGCAAUCUAAGCAAUAGAAAAUCAAAACAGCUAGUUUUCCAUUGCCUUCUGCGCAAGAAUUCAUUCCUUAUCAGUCUAUAUUUUCUUUUAUUUAUUUGUUUAUUUAAUCCAUUUAUAAGCCAUUUUUUUUUCAGAGAAAACAAUUCAAAGAAUACAAGACUACUCAGCCUUCAGAUAAGAACAUAACUUUUAAAACAUCUGAAAUUGGUAAUAAUCUCUAGCCCAGAGAUAUAUUUGGGAGACCUCUUUUUAAUUCCUUACCAUAUAUUUGUCUGGUGGCGAUGCUCCUGCUGUGACCCACCGUGGGUCAGAAACCUGACCCAGUGCUCUAGCCCAGCUUAUGCCAACCUGGUGCCCUCCAGACUACAAUGCCCAUCUGCUCCAACCAUCAUAGCCAAUGGGCAGGGAGUUGCAGUUCUGCAGUCACUGGUGGGCUCCAGUUUCCACAUUCCUGCACAAAAUGUGCAAGAGAGAGUAAAACAAAUGGGUUGGGAAGGAAGGAAGGAAGGAAGGAAGGAAGGAAGGGAGGGAGAUGCUGGCAAAAGAAGCUGUGAGAAGCUGUAGAGGUAAGGAAGGCUGGAGCUCAUGUGUUAAGUUGAAAUACUUAACUGUUUACUUUGAACAUAACGUUCCUCUCCUCUCUUUUGACCCAAAUGGUAGAUUGCAAAGCAAUAUGGAAACGUUUACACCAUGUGGACGGGACAUAUACCCAUUGUAGUCCUGUCUGGAUUCCAAGCAGUGAAAGAAGCUCUCAUUGACCACUCUGAACAAUUUGACGAGCGGCCAGUGUCGUCUUUCUUUAGCACAAAAGGAAAGGGUGAGUAGUGAAGAAUGAGACAAUCUACUGGCAUUUCCCCCAGAGAAAAAUUUAAAUGACUGUCUGGAUAAACAAAGCUUCUCUAUUAACUGCAGGAAAUGGGUUGUUGGAGCCAAUGCUAGUCCUACAGUAGACCCAUUGUAAUUAAUGUGCAUGGCUAAUGAAGGUCUAUUAAUUUCCUUGAGUCUUCUGUGAGUAAAACUUACCAAUCCUCUAGCAAGUGUUUUAUGGAUAGCCUAACUACUGCCAUUCAUGCACUAGUAAUCUCCAGGUUGGAUUACUGCAAUGUUUGUUAUUUGGGGCUGCCCUUGCGAUUAAUCCAGAAGCUGCAGCUGAUGAAUAAUGCAAUGGGUCAACUGCUCAUGGGGGCAGGAACAGCCAACAUGUUACGCCACUGUUGAAAGAAUUCCACUGGCUGCCAAUUAGCUACUGGGUUUAUUUUAUUUUAUUUAUUAAAUUUAUAUACCGCCCUUCAUCAAAAAAUAUUGGGAUGGCUCACAGAAUAAUUUCAUGAUGUUGGUUUUGGUGUAUAAAGGCAUAUACAACUUGAGAUCAAGAUACUCAAAAGAUCAUCACAUUCCUUAUAUACCUAGUCAAUAACCAGAUUCUGUGGGUGAGGGCCUCCUGCAGAUACCAUCAAAGAAGGCCCAUUCCACACAAUGUAGGCAUGGGACCCUUAGUGUUGUGGUCCCUACCCUUUGGAAUUCCCACCCUUUGAAUAGUAGACAGGUGUCCCCCCUGUUGUCUUUUCGGCACUUUCCAAAGACCUUCCCCUUCCAAGAAGCAUUUGAGAACUUUCCCAGUCUGCAUCUGUAUUUGAAUUUUUUAUAAUAUUUAUUGUUGUUGUGUUGCUUGUUGUUUGCAGUUUUGGAAUUCCUUUGGGAGAAAGAAUGGGGUAUAAACACACUAAUCAAUGAUUUAAAAAGUCAUUAAAUUUAUGAUGAUGAGGGGCUUCAAGAGCAAAUCUUACUGGCUUGAAAUCAGCAGGGUGCCAGAUGACAGGUGCAGGAGUUGGAAACUAAUGAGAGGCAAGAGCAGGGAAACUGAGGGGAGUAUUUAAGAGGCAUAUAGGUAUAUGUGUAUAGCAUAGUAACAGCUAAGCGAUAUUGUACCACAUACAAGAAUUCAAGUACAUGUGGAAGGAGUAUAGAGAGCAGCUGAGUUUGGUGGUACUGAACAAUAAUCCUACGUAGGGUAGACCCAGUGGGCAGUCACCAUCAUCGUCACUUAUUAAUUUAUCAAUUGCCUUCUGCAUGAAUGUCUCACAGCAACUUACAGAUAUAUAAAAACAGCUAAAAUGGUUUUAAAACAGUGCAGAAACAACAACUAAAUAAGAGUCAAAAACAAUACAAAAUAUACACCCGUUGAAGAGACCUUGAGCAAGGAAAGCAGAUUGAGACUAUAUGGGUAAAAACUGUAUGCGAGAGAAACAUCAGUGACCUUACUGUGGGACUCUGCUAUAGACUGCCAAACCAGACUGAAGACUUAGAUGCUGCCUCCCUAGAACAGAAUACCAAACAUUCAAAAAAGGAGACUUCAAUUAACCUGAUAUCUGUUGGAACUCAAACUCUGUCAAGAAUGUAAGGUCCGGCAAAUUCCUCCAUUGCCUCGCUGGCAAUUUCAUUUCCCAGAAGUCAAAGACAAAAACCCCCAUUAUAUUCUUGCAAGGAAGUUGCUAAAAUGUGGGAUGAAUGAGGUACUUGUUAGGUGGAUUUGUAGCUGGAUAACUGACAGAACCCAAAUUCAUUAAUAGUUCCUCAUCACUUUGGAAAGGAGUACAAGGGGGUGCUGCAAGGUUCUGACCUGGGCAUGUUGUUGUUCAAUGUCUUUAUAAAUGACUUGGAUGGAGGAAUUGAGAGGAUGCUCAUCAAAUUUGCAGAUGACACCAAACUGGGACACCAAACUGUGGCUAAUGCCACAGAAGGAGUUCAGUUUAUCUUUAUCAACACUGGUUGUUUGUGCAACAAAGACUGAAUUUGCAAGUAUCACCUGAGCUUUCCAUAAUUUUAAACGCUAGACAAAAUCCCCCAUUGUAGAUAUCACAUAUCUGGAGAUCUCACAUUUUUCUGAUACUGUAAAGUGCAGGGACUUCUGGGACCACCUGAUUUCUGUUCUGUUAUCACACAAUAAUGAAUAAUGAAUUUCUGAAUGACGAAAGGCAAUAGAAAGUGAGGUUCUGUUAUGCCAAUAUCGUAGAGAUACCCAUAUAAUACUCUGAGACGGGUUCUGUAUCAUCUUCUAAUUCUUUGCUUCAGAGAGACCAAGUAGUUAUUAAAUUCAAGGACAUGAACUUCAGUGAACAUAGUUUCUUCCAGGCUGGCAACUUAAUUAUUUACAUUAAUUUCUGUAAAUAAUAAUUUCUCAAUGAUUUCCCAUAGGUAUUAUAUUAUCAAAUGGUCACAUCUGGAAGCAACAGAGACGGCUUGGAGUGGUUACUAUGCGGAAGCUGGGACUGGGGAAGAAAGGCAUGGAGCACCAAAUAGCAGAGGAGGCCCGUCAGCUUGUGGAGGUCAUUGCAAGUUCAAAGGGUACAUGAUCCUAGGUGAUGGUGAUGGGUUUCCUUAUUUUCCAGUCUGCAGAAAUCUAUGUGUACUGCCUCUGUCCAUUUUGGAAAGGAAUGUAAUAUGCUUUAGAAUCACAGAAUAGUAGACUUGGAAGGGACCCAGAGAGUCAUCUAGUCCAAUCCCCAGCAAUACAGGAAUCUUGACCACAGCUGUCCCUGGGUGGACUUGAACCACCAACCUUCUGGGAGACACACUGCCCCAUUGUGCUGGAGAUCACAGCAGGUUUCUCUUGACCAUCAUAAAAUCCCACUCUCAGCAUGAACAGGAGCAACUGAACUCACAUUAGUAUGACUUUAUUUUGCAGGACAACCACUUGACCCCUCCAUGCCCAUCACUAAUUCAGUUUCCAACGUGAUAUGUGCUGUGGCUUUUGGGUACCGGUUUGCUCUUGAAGAUGAAAGAUUCCGGAAGCUGAUAGAAGCCAUGGAUCUUGUCCUAAAAUUUCAAGGCAGCAUCCAGCAUUCUGUGAGUAGACAUUUUCAUUCCUACUGAGGCAGAGAGGUCUCCCAAGGAUCUUAGGGCCCCCAUUCAGCAUUCUGGAAUCCAUUCUGAUAGAGGAUAGAGUGUUGGAGAAGAUAGAUUAGGUUUAAAUCUAAUUAUAUGCCACUGUCACCACAAGAAUCCUAAUGGCGACUAACUGGAAGAGUGAUAAAAUCCCUUUCAGGUCAGAAUGGUUACAAAAAUUAGUUGAAUAUGCUAGCCAAAUUAACUGAAAAAUGAAAGAUAAUUCAAAACAAGUAUUUACAGUGGUAACUCUGGUUAUGAAUGCUCCUGGUUAUGCACGCUUCGGGUUAUGAACUCCUCUAACCUGGAAGUAGUUGCUACUGGUUGUGAACUUUGCCCCAGGAUGCAAGUCGAAGUCGCGCGUCAGAGGCGUGCGCACAGUGGGAGGUGCCAUUAGCAAAAGUGCGCCUCAGGAUAAGAACGGACCUCCGGAACGGGUUACGUUCGUAACCAGAGGUACCAUUGUAUUGCAAAAUGGGAAGUUUUUUAAAACAUAUCUUAAGAACAGUUGUUGCAGUUUGAACUCGGUCAUAGCCUUUGAAUAUCCUCUGUAGCUAUAUUAAGCAAGAAAUAAGGAUAUAGGAGAAAUAAUACUUUAUUAUAAAAGGAAUGGAUAUGUUUAUGCAAUAAGUUAGUAAAUACUAAGUGAAGUUUGGAGACGACAGGAAGUUAGCUGUGCACUAAGAUUUAUUGUCAGAAUAUAUGAGUUUUGGGGUUUUUUGGUUUUGUUGUUGUUGUGAACUUUGUUUCCCUUGUCACAAACGACAUAAAUGUACAACUUUUUUGUCGUUGUAUAUAUAUAUGGUAUUCAGAAAAGGUAUGCAAUUGAUCUUUAAUGCAGAAAAUAGAAAAAAAGGAAAAGUUUUCUUUUUAAAAGAUGUUUUGUAGAGGAAAGGUGGGCAUUAUUUGACAGGGCAAUUGGGGAAUUUAAUAAAUAAGUAAUAAUAAAAAUUGCAGAAGUGCACAUUUCAAAGGAUGGCUGUGUUUGAAUUUGCAUAUUAGACAAUUUCAUGUUGAAAUGUCAACUUACUUGAAUGUCCGUCCCCCCCGCCAUAUUCUCUACCCAUCCCCACCUCCUGCAAAAAGACCACUCACUUGUUCCAGGAGGAGUCCUGGGAUUAUUCCCAGUUUUGGAAUGAAGUCUGGGAGCUGGAAAAUAUAUUGAGCAAUGUUUUUCUUUCACAUGUUCAGCUAGGGAUAAUUCCCAGAACCAGUUGUUGUGAGAUUCAGGAGAAGCUGCAAACACCUUCCUUCUUCUCAGUUAGACUCAAAGUAAUAUGCUAGCCCUGAAGGAUUAUGCAGAUUAUUAAAGUGCUAAUGCAAAACAUGAAACAUGUGACCAAGCUUCCUCAUGGUAAUGACAGCAUUUUUGCUAUCUUUCCUUUAGUUGUAUGAAAUAUUCCCAUGGUUCAUGAAACAUCUCCCAGGGCCCCACAAGAAGGCCUUGUCCUGCAUGGAGAUGGUAGUUUCAUUUGCAAAGGAGGAGAUAGAGAAGCAUAAGGAGAAUCAGUCUCUGCAUGAUCCACAGGAUUUCAUUGAUUUCUAUCUACUUGAGAUGGAGAAAGUAAGUACCUGCUUUGAAACUGGAUCCUGCUCAUCCAAAGAAUCAUUAUAUUCCGUCCUACAUGUGAAUACUAAUGUCUUGCCAAGACACCAAUAUUUUUAUUCUGAAUCUCAGCUGAAAAGCACAUCGAGUUUCGCCAAAUUUCCCUCAUAGUCAUUUUAGUUGCUAAAGUAGGUUGACUUCCAUCCAUAAAUAUCUAUUGAAAUGGGUAGGAAAUGCCAGAUAUUUCCAUAACCCCAAAUGUAAGUGUGAAUGAGUGGAAAUUUAUGUGUGUCAAUUAAGGGGUCUUCCCUUUGGAGCAUUGCUUCUGUGCAUAAAUUAUUCUGGAUUGGUGUUCAUCUCGCAUUCAAACAUGGGCAGAGACAACAGGAAAGCUCUACUGGUUCAGUGGUUUCAUUUUUUAUCUCACUUUUCUUCAGUGGAGGAUGUGUUGGUGCAUAGUUCUAACUCAUGCUAUCCUUUGCAGGAAUGUAUACAAUCCCCCCUGUGUGCCUUGUGGCCUCAAUCUGUGGCUCUCAAUUCAGGCCAAUUUUCUGUAGGCCACCCCGGGGACCACCUGUUCCGGAUCCAUCCAUGAAGCAAUUUAGUGGGUGGGGCUAAGGCUUUUAAAAUGUUUAUUUUAAAACAACAACAACAACAACAACAGUAUUAUAACAAACUGUUCAAACGAGGUUUAAAAAGAAGGUUGGGAGGGGUGAAAUUGCUAACAGCCUUGGGCAGUGGAGUGCCAACAGGAGACAUCCCUGUUGAUGCACCACCUACUGUAUUUUUCGCUCUAUAAGACGCACCCGACCAUAAGAUGCACCUAGUUUUUAGAGGAGGAAAACAAGAAAAAAUAUAUAUUCUGAAUCAAAUGUUGUUGAAGAGCGUUUGUGCGGCUAUCCCUCUUGCUGUUCUAGCUUCAGCAAAAGCAACGCAAAGCCUCCCAAAGCUUCCCGGGGCUGCAGGAGGAAGCCCCGGCUGCUGGCAGAGCAGUGCGACUCCCACCCCCACCCCCAAAGAGCAGCUCAGGAGCACGGGGCAUCUGCGCACAGCCUGCCCGCUCUUCCCAAAGCUUCCCGGGGCUGCAGGGGGAAGUGGAGGCUGCCAGCAGAGCAGCGCGGCUCCCCACCCCCAAAGAGCAGCCAGGAGCGUGCCACACUCUGGCAAUUUGGCUCCAGGGACCACACAUUCGCUCCAUAAGACGCACAGACAUUUCCCCUUACUUUUUAAGAGGAAAAAAGUGCGUCUUAUGGAGCGAAUGUGUGGUCCCUGGAGCCAAAUUGCCGGAGUCCACCACUGGUGAAGAAGCAGUGCUGGCAGUGGUGGCAGCUUCGGUGAGGUUUCAUCAAAAACUCACAGGAACUUACUGGAUACCACUGUUGCUGCUGUCACUUUGCAGGCACUGCUAUGCAAUGCAGGUAAGGGAGGAAGCAGCAGCAUCAGGGCAGUGGUGGUGGCACCUUCCCAUUUCACUUCAGGUGGUGUGAUGGGACCUUUGACCCCUUAUUAUGCAUUUCCUGGUGGUAUGGUAAUAAAUGGGUGAAAGUAGAUAAAAUAAGUGCUGAAGGACAGGUUGUAUUGCAUGUAAAUGACAUGUCACCUUUCCUAUUUUCAACAUCAGAGCAGGAAUGACCCAGAGUCUGUCUAUGAUGAAGAAAGCAUGGCUCAGUGUAUCUUUGACCUCUUUAUAGCAGGGUCAGACACAACCACCAUUUCUCUGAAAUGGGCGCUUCUCCUCCUGGCAAGUCAUCCAGAUAUCCAAGGUGAGAGAGGGAGCUAUGGGAGCCUGGGCUUCUCUUGACCUCUUGACAGUGGACUGUAAUUCUUUAAAGGUUUCAUUCAUAUCUGAUGUUGUGCUAAAACAAGGAACUUAAAGGAAUGGAAAUAGUUAAAAGCUAGUGAGUUUAUGAUGGAAGUUUUGGAAGACAAAGGGUUAUCAAAAUAAGUUAAAUGCUUUUGACUUACUCAUCUAGAAAGAACCCUUUUUCCCACCAACAUUUUCCUACAUAGUUUCUGGAACCUAAAAUCAAGGUCAACAGAAGCAGAAAUGUAAAAUGCCCUGAAUGCCCUGUCCCCAUAGGAAGCUUCCAAUCUAUUAUUACUGGGCCAGGAAGAGAUGGAGGGUCUGAAUGUGUAAGAAAGUUGGAACAGGAGGCAGUUGUGGGUAGUGGAUGAAGCUAAGUGAGUCAAUGAAAGUUUUUCUGAAGGAGAGGAAUGGCUGUGCAAAUAGAGGGAAGACAAUUUGAAGAUUGGGAAAUGGCAUGGCCAAAGGAAGGGAGAGAAAGAUGCAUAAAGAGGUCAUUGUUUUUGCCAGGGGUAUAGUGAUGAAUCCUGAAGUCCAGGUUCCUUCAUGACAACCUGUAAGCCAUACCCCUUCUAAAACUCUGCAACAAAUAUGAAAUGUUAACUAAUGCACAGAUUAUGACUUCAGUAACAAGCCACCUGUUUUCUUAUGCUUCCCUUUGCUCAACAUUCAGCCUGGAAGAGUUCUGCUGGGCUCACUCCCUCCCUCUUUGCAUUUUCUUUGGCCAUAAUAAAAGGACUUUGGAAUCUUUGGAAAUAUAAAUGGCAGUUUAACACAUAGCCAAUGAAGCCACCUUUUCCUCUGCACAGUUUAGCGGGUGAUUUUCUCUUUGAGAGAAGCUCAUUUAUUUGAUAUAAAGAGGCAGGGGUGCCAAAUCAAAUAAAUUAUUAGGGGGCAAGUAAGCCCCAGUCCACAUUUGAAUGGUAACAUCCAUCAACUUUGGGAGGUCCGGGCCCCUCAAAUAUUUUAGGGGGGAGAGCAAAGAGACCUCAACCUCUAACAGUUGGAUCCCAUGCAGAGGACUGGCCAAGAGAUCUGCAGCAGAUGCCAUUAUUAUUAUUAUUAUUAUUAUUAUUAUUUAUUAUUUAUUAUUUAUACCCCGCCCAUCUGGCUGGGUUUCCCCAGCCACUCUGGGCGGCUUCCAAAAGAAUAUUAAAAUACUGUGAUACACCAAACAUUAAAAGCUUCCCUAAACAUUGCCUCUGCUGUGAAAUAAGUGCCUGAGCCCUUUCCCUGAUUGAUGUUUGCCAAGAUCAAGUAAGGAAAAGAGGAUUAAUGAAAGAAAGUAGGAAAUAUUGUGGGGUGGAGGAUAUGUUUGUUUGUUUUUAAGUGUAAAACAGUUAGCCUAGGAUCAUAGCCCUACAGCCAGCUCUAGUAACCGGAAACAGCUGAGCGGAGGUUCACUUUCCCCUUUUUCACCCCUGGGAUCUAUAGUAGAGAAGAAUCAUGUACAUUGACAUGAGCUCCUUGGAGGAAUAGGUGGGCUAUAAAUGUAAGAAACAGGGACUCAAUCACAGAAUCGUAUGGAAUAAGUUCAUGGGAAAUAAAUGUCCAUGGGGGGGGGGAAUGCACUAUUGAAAAUAAACCAUAUGUUUCUAUCAUUCUCUUCAGAUAAAGCCUACAAGGAGAUAGAAGAUGUCAUAGGUUCUGCUCACUCAAUCAGCUAUCAAGAUAAGAAGAAAUUGCCCUACAUCAAUGCUGUGAUUCAUGAAACACAGCGCUUUAAAUAUGCCUUACUUUUUGGGGUUGUCAGGCAAUGUACAGAGGAUGUGAAGAUUUGCGGUUUCCUCAUUCCCAAGGUAUAGAAGCAUGAUACAACUGCACUCCUGUAUCCCAAGAACAAACAGAAUCACUGGGCUGCAGCGUACUGAGUGUUGCAGGCAGCCAUUCAGGAGCUUGUGUUGUCUAAAACCCGAAGAGCAAGAAAACCACACAAGAGCAGGAGUUCCAUCUGCAGACUUGUUUCACCAUUGGCUAGUGCUAUUUUUUUUGGUCAGGAGUAUAGUGUCAACAGUGUGAUGCAGCAUAAAAAAAAAAAAGCUAAUGCUAUACAAGGCUGCAUCAACAGAAGUAUAGUGUCCAGAAAUAAUAGUACUGCUCUAUUCUACUUUGGUCAGACCACACGUGGAGUCCUGUGUCCAGUUCUGGGUACCACAGUUUAAGAAGGAUAUUGACAAGCUGGAACGUGUGCAGAGGAGGGUGAGCAAGAGUAUAAAGGGUAUGGAAAUUACCGUAUUUUUCGCUCUAUAGGACGCACUUUUUCCCCUCCAAAAAUGAAGGGGAAAUGUGUGUGCGUCCUAUGGAGCGAAUGCAGGCUUUCCCGGGCUUCUUGCAGCUCCGCGCCACCCUCCGGAUCCCGCGCGGGGCUCCGGAGGGUGGCGCGGAGCUGCCUGCGCCCCUGGGCUUUCUGCAGCUCCGCGCCACCCUCCCGAUCCCGGCGCGAAGCCGCGCGGGGCUCCGGAGGGUGGCGCGGAGCUGCCUGCGCUCCAGGGCUUCUUGCAGCUCCGCGCCACCCUCCCGGGCGCGGCGCGAAGCCGCGCGGGGCUCCGGAGAGGGGAGCAGAGCUGCCUGCGCCCAGGGCUUCCUGCAGCUCCGCGCCCCCCGCCCGGCCCCGGCGCGAAGCCGCGCGGGGCUCCGGAGGGUGGCGCGGAGCUGCCUGCGCCCCAGGGCUUCCUGCACCUCCGCGCCACCCUCCCGAUCCCGGCGUGAAGCUACGCGGGGCUCCGGAGGGUGGCGCGGAGCUGCCUGCGCCCCAGGGCUUCCUGCAGCUCCGCGCCACCCUCCCGGUCCCGGCGCGGCCGCGCGGGGCUCCGGAGGGUGGCGCGGAGCUGCCUGCGCUCCAGGGCUUCUGCAGCUCCGCGCCACCCUCCAGACCCCGCGCGCGGCCGCGCGGGGCUCCGGAGGGUGGCGCAGAGCUGCCUGCGCUCCAGGGCUCCUGCAGCUCCGCGCCACCCUCCCGGUCCCGGCGCGGCCGCGCGGGGCUCCGGAGGGUGGCGCGGAGCUGCCUGCGCCCAGGGCUUCCUGCAGCUCCGCGCCACCCUCCCGAUCCCAGCGUGAAGCUGCGCGGGGCUCCGGAGGGUGGCGCGGAGCUGCCUGCGCGCCAGGGCUUCUUGCAGCUCCGCGCCACCCUCCAGACCCCGCGCGAGCCGCGCGGGGCUCCGGAGGGUGGCGCAGAGCGGCCGGCGCCCCCGGGCUUCCGGCCGCGCCGCGCCACCCUCCCGGUCCGGGCGCGACGCCGCGCGGGGCUCCGGAGGGUGGCGCGGAGCUGCCUGCGCCCAGGGCUUCCUGCAGCUCCGCGCCACCCUCCCGAUCCCGGCGUGAAGCUACGCGGGGCUCCGGAGGGUGGCGCGGAGCUGCCUGCGCCCAGGGCUUCCUGCAGCUCCGCGCCACCCUCCCGGUCCCGGCGCGGCCGCGCGGGGCUCCGGAGGGUGGCGCGGAGCUGCCUGCGCCCCAGGGCUUCCUGCAGCUCCGCGCCACCCUCCCGGUCCCAGCGGGCAGCGACGCGGGGCGCCGGAGGGUGGCGCGGAGCGGGCUGCGCUCCAGGGCGUCUUGCAGCGCCGCGCCACCCUCCCGGUCCCGGCGCGGCCGCGCGGGGCUCCGGAGGGUGGCGCGGAGCUGCCUGCGCCCAGGGCUUCCUGCAGCUCCGCGCCACCCUCCCGAUCCCGGCGCGAGCCGCGCGGGGCUCCGGAGGGUGGCGCGGAGCUGCCUGCGCUCCAGGUCUUCUUGCAGCUCCGCGCCACCCUCCCGGUCCCGGCGCGGCCGCGCGGGGCUCCGGAGGGUGGCGCGGAGCUGCCUGCGCCCAGGGCUUCCUGCAGCUCCGCGCCACCCUCCCGGUCCCGGCGCGAGCCGCGCGGGGCUCCCGAGGGUGGCGCGGAGCUGCCUGCGCCCCAGGGCUUCCUGCAGCUCCACGCCACCCUCCCGAUCCCGGCGCGAAGCCGCGCGGGGCUCCGGAGGGUGGCGCGGAGCUGCCUGCGCCCCAGGGCUUCCUGCAGCUCCGCGCCACCCUCCCGGUCCCGGCGCGAAGCCGCGCGGGGCUACAGAGGGUGGCGCGGAGCUGGCUGCGCCCCAGGGCUUCCUGCAGCUCCGCGCCGCCCUCCCGGUCCCGGCGCGGCCGCGCGGGGCUCCGGAGGGUGGCGCAGAGCGGCCGGCGCUCCAGGGCUUCCUGCAGCUCCGCGCCACCCACCCGGUCCCGGCGCGAAGCCGCGCGGGGCUCGGGAGGGUGGCGCGGAGCUGCCUGCAUUCCGAAGCCUGGUGCGCACUGAAGAGCGCGCCCGGGCUUCGCGCACCUCUCCACAAGCCUGGGGAGACCGGCUCGGUUCCCUAGGCUUGCAGAUAGCAGGCUGUUCUGGGGGCUGGGGUCGGGGGAAGCUCGGGCUUCCCCCGCGCCUGCCCCGUGCCUGGGGAGGGAAUUUUUUUUUUCUUUAUUCCCCCCCCAAAAAAAAAUUAGGUACCUUGAACGCACCUUGUUUUAGAGGGAGAGAACAAGAAAAAAAAUUUCCCUGUUCUCCCCCUCCUAUGAUCCGGUGCGUCCUAUGGUCCGGUGCGUCCAAUGGUGCGAAAAAUACGGUAAGCUUUAUGAGGAACGAUUGAGGAAGCUAGUUAUGCUAAAGCCUGGGGGAAAGGGAGACUGAGAGGAGAUAUGAUAGUCAUCUUCAACUAUCUGAAGGACUGUCACAUGGAAAAUAGAAAAAGCAUGUUUUCUCAUGCUCUAGAGGGCAGGACCUAAACCAAUGGCUUCAAGUUCCGACAGAGCUGUUGUGGACUUUCCUUCAUUGGAGAUUUCAAAGCAGAGGUUCGAUGGUCUUCUGUAAUUUAAGCUUUAGUUGAGAUUCCUGUAUCGCAGGAGAUUGGACUUGAUGUCCUUUGGAGUCCUUCCAGCUCUAGAAUUCUAUCAUUCAUGUAUCAAGGAGGGGAAAAUAUGGUGACCAGCAGUUUUCCUCUGGUUUUGGGUCUUCCCUUUUAAAAGACGGAUGGAGAGAACGAGACCGUCCUUUCCCCUGCCCAUACAGGCAGCUUUUAAAUGGAAAAAAGUUGGAGAUGAAUCUGGCCACUGGUAAAUGCCACUCUCCCCACAAAAACCCCACCCAGUUUAAAUUCAGUUUGAAUUUCACAAAUAUUAUCCCUAGGGUAGUGAAGGACAAUCCAGUGUUCUGAGUGCAUUCCCUUUCAAUUGUUUCUUCUUUGCAGGGGGCUACUAUUAUUCCCGAUCUGCGUUCUGUUCUUCUUGAUCCAACACGAUGGGAGAAGCCAACAGAGUUCAACCCAAAUCAUUUUUUGGACAAGAACGGACAAUAUGUGGCUAGAGAAGAAUACCUGCCAUUUGGUGCAGGUAAAUGCCAAUGUCCAAGCUAUGUUGUGAUUUGUAGGCAUGCUUAUUGGGGAGAUUCCAGGAAAUGACAACAGCAGCAGCAAGGGAGGCAGAGCAGAAAUAACAUCCUUCUGGCAGGAGUAGCACUGCUGGGCAUGUUUAGGCUAAAGCUACCCUACAUCUUUUCCUGGGAUGUAAUUUAGCCUGGUCUGAAACCACACUCAGAACUGAGUCUGCAAUGAAAUUACCCUGCUUUCUACUUCUUUCAUCCUGACCUCUAUAGGAGAUUGGGGUGUGUGCCAGUUUUCCGUUUUCAAAGAACAAAGGAGUAUUUUUGUCCCGUAUCUGUCAGGAGCUGGGUGUUUAAUAUCAUCUGCCAAGUGUUGUAAAGUAUUGUUCCUGCAGAAAUUCAGCAGACAUCCUCAUUGCUAACUUCCAAACAUCUCUUAACCUUUUUAUACAAAUAAUUACAGUGGUACCUCGGGUUACAUACGCUUCAGGUUUCACACUCCGCUAACCCAGAAAUAGUGCUUCAGGUUAAGAACUUUGCUUCAGGAUAAGAACAGAAAUUGGGCUCUGGUGGCGCGGCGGCAGCAGGAGGCCCCAUUAGCUAAAGUAGUGCUUCAGGUUAAGAACAGUUUCAGGUUAAGAACUGACCUCCAGAACAAAUUAAGUACUUAACCCGAGGUACCACUGUAUGCCUAUUCAAUUGUUGUAGAUGAUGUUUUAAAGUAAAGAUGAGCCAGCCAUUUUUGUAUGAUAAUACAACAUGGUUUUACAGGUUCUUCUGGUUGGUUGUCAGGGGGGAAAAUAGGUAUAUAGAAAGGAGAAUUCCAAGAUCCAGGUUUGGGGCAAGUACUCUUUUGGUGAGAACACCCCAGCAAAGAUUUUAAAUCAAAAAAUAUGCAGCAAAGUAAAGUGUGGAAAUAUAGGCUGCUAGACCUUUAAUAUAUGCCCUUGUGAGUUCUUUUCAAAAGUUCCCUCUUCCAAAGAAGAGGGAAAAGACCACACAUUUGGUAAGUUUAUAAUGGUUCACAUACAAACUCUCCAAAGGUCAGAUUCCUUUGCUUUUCCACACAGCAUUCAGAAAACAUUGCACAGGCAGUAAAACUUCACUUAGUUACAGUGCUGAAAGUUCCUAAAUUAUUGGUAUGAGCAGGGCUCUUUCCCAGCUGGAACUCACAGGAACUCAGUUCCAGCACCUGUCAGGUGGGCAUCAUUGCCAUUAUAAAAGGUAUUUGUGGUAAGUUUUAGCACCUCUUUUUCUAGGAAAAUAGCACUGGGUAUAAAGACUUAAAUAUGGCUUGUAAGAGCCAUGCAGUUUGAGCUUGGAGCACCAGCUCAGACCUCUUUUACAAUGAACUUCUCAGGUGGGCUGGCGGAGAACAAUAGGCCUGAUUACCUGGGUCGAUUCAUAAUGUACACUCAACUGCAUUGUUAAUGCUGGGCUUUGUUGAGCCAUAAUUCUCAUAUUACACUUAGAAUCCCAUCGUAUUCUAAGACUAUGUUGAUGAAACAGUUGAAAGGCAAAUUAAAGUGCCUAAUUCAUCUUAGAGAUAAUGAGUUUUCUACUUUUUCCAUAAGACAUCAAAGAGUUCUUUCACUGAGUCUUAUAGUGUCACCUCUGUCUGACAGCAGCUCUCAGGCAGAGACUUUGUCUCAGCCCGGUUAGCUGUGACCCUACAACUAGACAUUCUAUGAGCUGCCCUUGGAAUAUUAAACUUGCAGAUAUUAUAUGGCGCUUUCCUUAUUGUCCCUGCCCCCCAGCAAUAUACCCUUCCAAACAUUUUAUGUUGUUGGGUGGGAGGGAGGGAAGAGCAAAUUCAGAGUACUAUGAUUUCUUUUUUUAAAUAAAAAAAAUGAUUAGCCCUGUGCUGGACCUUCUUGCACAAUGCAAGGUUAAGAAGAAGAUUAUUAAGAAGAUUAUUAAGCUCAUAGAACAUCACCCUUGGGGAUUGUGCAGAGGCAGUUGAGUAUUUUUUUUUUAAAGCCUUGCAGCUCUCUUUGUGUCAGUACCAAAUAAACAAAGAAACCCAGAAACCUUGACACCGAAACCAGGGGUGCAAGCACAAGGAAAUCAGCUUCUACAACCUCUACUCCCUCUCCUCCUAUCUCUUUCAGUUUCUUUCAAUCUGGGUUUGUGACUUAUCCUGCUAUUGCUCAGGGCAGUUGACCAAAGUUUGCCUCUCAUAAUCAACUAUGAAAUGUUGGCACUCAGCAGGCUAGGGAAUUGACAACAGCCUUGAUUAUUUCCCUGUCCUAACUAUGUCUAGUUCACCAUAGUAUUGUGUAGAGUACAAAGAAAUGGACACUGGAAAGUAAAUUAUUGCUCACUUGCUGCUUUCCCCUUGUCUCCUCCGCAGGGUCUCGCAUGUGUUUGGGAAUGCAGCUGGCAAAGACUGAAAUUCUCAUCCUACUGACCAGCCUGCUGAGAAUGUUCCGCUUCCAGCUGCCAGAAGGAGUUAAAGAAGUCAAUAUGGAGUCUAUACCAGGGGGUACAGCACAUCCCCAUCCUUAUAAACUCUGUGCUGUUCCCCGCUGCAAGGCGUAA